AUGACAGCUUCAAAAUCUAUUCAAGUGUGCUUCUUUCGCAACGUGUUACGAGUUCACGACAAUCAGUCCUUAUUUCAUGCCUUGAAAGCAAAGCCAGGUGCUGACAUCUUGCCGGUGGUUUGCAUUGAUCCGCGUAUGACGGAUAUCAGUAAUCUCAAGAAUCAAGGUGAUAAUGCGGCUCCCAAGACGUGGUUCUUCAAGCUCGACCGUGUCAAGGCUUUCCGCUCUAGAUUUUACUACGAAUCCAUCAUGGAUCUCAAGCAGCAGCUCGUCAACAGAGGCAGUGAUCUGAUGAUUCUCUUUGGACGUCCAGAGGAAGUAUUCCCCAGGCUGGAAAAGUACUUGGCCACCAAAAAGUAUCAGCUGGAGAAUGUACACGCACCCAAGGAGUACGCCUAUGAGGAAUUAUUGAUCGAAAAGGAUCUCUCAAAAUCCAUGAAGGGCAAUGUCAAAUACUACCACGAUUCAAUGAUGGUGCAUCCAGAUGAUUUGGAUUUCGUAGGCGAACGCACUUACAAGGUGUAUACUCAUUUCCGCAAGAGAAUUGAAAAGAUGGAUCAUCCCGUCAGAGCGCCACUGGACAUGCCUGAAAAGUUGCCUGCAUUCCCUCAAGUCGCUUGGGAUUUUGAGCAUGCCAAGGACGGUUACAAGAGCCUGGAAGAGUUGUACAAGGACAUUCACGUCAAAAAGGAUUCUCGAUCUGCAUAUCCUUGGAAGGGUGGUGAACAGUCUGCCCUGGAUAGACUCAACAGCUAUGUGUUCAAGACACACGCUGUAGAUGAGUACAAACAUACGCGUAAUGGCAUGAUUGGCACAGAGUACUCGACCAAAUUCUCUGCUUUUUUGGCUCACGGGUGUUUGUCACCUCGACUGAUUUGGCAUCAAAUGGAUAAAUUCAACCAACAACGCAAGAGAAAGCGCAGUGUCAAGGCUGGGGGAGACGAUGACGGUAUUUACUGGGUGCGCUUUGAGUUGUUAUGGAGAGACUUUUUUAGAUUGUUGGCUGCAGGUUAUGGUUCUCGCAUCUUCAUGCUGCAUGGAUUCAGAAACAUGGAAAAGCCAGAAAUAGCCAAAGAAGAUGACAAGAAGCAUGUGGAUGAGAAACCCAAGCCAAAGAACAGCUACACAGACAAAGUAUGGAGAUCGGAUGAUGAUCAGUUCAGUAAAUGGUGCAAUGGUCAAACGGGAACUCCCUUUGUCGAUGCCUGCAUGAGAGAGCUCCUGUACACUGGUUUUUUGAAUAACCGUGGUCGUCAAAAUGUUGCUAGCUACCUCGCAAAGGAUCUGGAGAUUGAUUGGCGUAUUGGUGCUGAAUACUUUGAGUCUAUGCUUCUGGAUCAUGACGUGUACUCCAACUACGGCAACUGGCAGUAUGUGGCUGGUGUGGGCUGUGAUCCUCGUGAAGGCUUCAGACACUUUAAUAUCAUCAAGCAAGGCAAAGACUACGACGCUGAUGGUGAUUACAUCAAGCUUUGGUGCCCUGAACUGGAGCAUCUGCCUACACAUUUCAUCCACUGUCCAUGGCUGAUGACCAAAGAAGAUCAAGCCAAGUACAAGUGUCAAAUUGGCAGUGAUUACCCUGAACCCAUGGCCCUGUUUGAUACCUGGAUCAAGCACUACCCUGCUGCUGCUACUAACGGUGCUAUUACAAACUACUUUCAGGACAAUAAGAAGAAGGUCAAGACGGAAAAGAAAUAA